AUGGAGUCGUCUUCACCAAAACCGAAAAGACUAUCCAUGAAUCGAAAACCUACACCAACAUUCCUUAUAUUCACAAUAACAGCAACAAUGAUAGUACAUCUUGUUUUGUUUAUAGAUGUCGCGUAUUCAACUCCAUUAAAACGUAGUAGUAGUGAUGCGACAUCACCUAUAUUAUCGCAAAAUGCACUUGAAACUUAUAAAACGUUUGCUCAUUAUGCGGAUAUUACGUAUUGUGAUGCAGAUGUUAUAGAGAAAUGGGAAUGUGGUGGUUCUUGUGAUGCUACAGCUGGCACCAAAAUAGUUAAAGUUUUUAAUACGGAUCUUGCCACUCAAGCAUAUAUCGGUGUAAAUGACCUACAAAAACAAAUAAUAAUAAGUUUCCGCGGCACAUUACCUACAAACGUAAAUAAUGUAUGGACCGACACCCAAUUCCUAUUCUGCGACUAUCCAUCAGUUCCCGACGCAAAAGUUCACGCUGGUUUCCUACAUGCAUUUCAAGAAAUUGAAUCAGAUCUCUUCUCCAAGAUACAAGACCUACGAACCGCCAAUCCAAAUUACAGUAUUGGUGUAACCGGCCAUAGCUUAGGCGGAGCACUAGCAUUACUUACAGGCGUAAGCUUAAAGGUCCGAAUUCCUGCGUUAGUCUCAAACGAUGAUUUAUUCGUCGUGACGUUUGGACAGCCGCGUAUAGGAAACGACGUUUUGGCUCGAUAUUUCGACAAGACAAUUUCCAUACAUCGUAUUGUACACACCACAGAUCUUUUACCACAUCUGCCGCCGAGGUCGCUCGGUUAUUUGCAUAUGGAUGAUGAAAUUUGGAUUAGUGAUGAUAAAACAGCAAUGAGUGGUGGUACUUUGUCGUGUGAUGGAAAUGAGAAUUCGUCUUUUGCAAUCAUUUCACUCGUUGUCUCUUAUUUGGCCGUAAGUGCCCAUGCUGCGUUAAGUGGUAGUCAAACAAUUACACCAGAAGACUACCCAGUCUUUGGUCCAAAAGCCGUAAACAAUCCACCAUUCUGCGGUAUGCCUUACGCAGAAUUAGACUUGAAUCGGAUUACCGCCGUACAAGGAUUAAGUCAAAGCGAAUGCGGUACUUGUCUCAAAGUGAUUGGUUUGGCGGACGCUUCUAAAAGUGUUUAUGUGCUGGCUGUGGAUUCAGGUGGCCAAGGUCUAGACUUGAGUACCGGUGCAUUCAUGGUUCUAUUCGGACAAAAUCAAUCGCCGGCCGGUGCAUCCUGGUCACCGGUAGACGCAUCACACUGUAAUGGAAUUUGGUCGAAAGGUGGUAGUAAUAGUAGUCCAUCUACGACUACUAGUAAGCCAACAAUCCCGACGCCUCAUCCGAAAGAGUCUAAAAAGAAAACUCAUAAAAGUAAAAAGGUUACG